CAUUUUUGUGGCUCCAACAAAACUUGUCCUAAAUCUUAUCUACAUUCUACAUAAAUUUUAUCCUCUUUAACCUUCAAUGCCUUUACCUUCCUUCAAGUUUUUCCUUGCUUUCCUCCUCCUUAUAGUCCCCAGCAUUUCAGUUAGAGGAGAAGAUGAGGAUUACGGGCAACAAUAUUGCGUAGCAGAUGUGCAAACCCCGGAUAAUGAAUUGCAAAAUGCAAUAAACUGGGCGUGUAGCCAGCAAAAUGUGGCGUGCAAUAUGAUACAAGUAAAUCAACCUUGUUAUCAGGCUAACUCAACCAAAGAACAAGCUGACUUUGUGUUCAACAGUUACUUUCAAAAUUACAAGCACAAAGGUGGUAACUGCUAUUUUGGUGGUGCUGCCAUUAUUACUGAGAAGGAUCCCAGUCAUGACAAUUGCCACUUUGAAUAUCUUCCUUGAAAGUUUGGAACUUUAUUCCACCAUACAGUUUGCUUCAUUGUUUUGUUUUCUAAAUUAUGUAAUACUUUUAAUUCAUCCAACAUUCUUUUUUACAAUUUGUAAAUGGGUUUUAACAAACAAAUACUUCAAGUUUGUUAAUAUUAAGAAAAAUACCAUAGCAUUUCACAUGCUCCCCCUAUUAUUGCACUUAUA